CCCCUUCCCUGAUGAUCGAAACUCGAAAGUGGGAUGGCGUCUCUGUCGAGUAGACGUUUCCGACCAUUACAAAAUGGGUUUCGACGGCCUAGAGAUUCAAACUAUUUGGAUGGACGUUGCAGCAUUUUGUUCCCUAAAUGAGCUUGGAAAAUUACAGUCGACAUGCAAAUAUCUCAACGCAAUCCUUUCGUCUAAUUCUGUUUGGAAGAUUCAAUGGAACAAGCUGUGUGAGUUGUUUGGUCUGAAGGAGAAGUACAGGAACCAUGCAGAAUCACUGCCUCUUGUUCCAUUCUUGUACCAGAACCUCUGCUAUCGUCUUCAGGCAUGUCUCAGACGUAGGGAAUGUUCACAGCAAUGGUUUGUGAUGAACCCUAAGGAUGAAAUAGAAUCCUUCAACAUUGCUCAGAAUCUCACGUCCUUUUCCUUCUUUGACUCGACCCAGCUGUGGCGAAGGGCCGAGUCCUCGUGGCAGAUCCGUUUGCGGUCGGCACUGUCUUCAGUGGUUCCUUUGCGUAAACUGAAGGAGUGCGAUACAAAGUUUCUGGAUGCUACAACAGAGCACAUGUUGCUUGGUGGUGUGUCUCAGACAGAUGAUGCCUUUGCAGAUCUCUGGCCUUUUCUUGAUUCUGAGAAGAAAGCCUUCUACAACCACCGCAUUGCCAUGCUACUUAGGAAGAGGCGGAAGAUGCGCGAGAAAUGCCUCUCACAGGACUCGGGAUUUGAGUGUGGGAUGCCGUUGCAGUUCUGCUCUUUGAACCUCCUGGGAAGUGGAUGGAAAGUACGUAGAAGGCUUCCACAAACGUUCAAAGGUGUCUCUACCGAUGCCAGCAAGAUUGCUGAUAUAAAAAACUUUGAGCUGAAGUGCAGCUUGCAGGAGUUACUCCGUCCAGGAUUGCUGAGAGACUUCUCUCAAGAAGCUGAGCCCAUUUGUCUCAGAACACCCAUCGACAUAAAUCCCAAAGACUUGCAAAUAGUACAGGACUUCUUCUUUCGUUUCCUGGGAUACACUUGCAUCUUGCCGUUCAAUGUAGCAUACCACAUCAGCGACAGUGCCAGAGCCGAGACUUGCCUUGUUAUUGAGAGCUACGUCCAUCACACCGUGAUCACUCCCAUCGUCGAUGGCAUCCUUUGCUCAGACCAUGUCAGAUGCAAACCCAUAGGAUUCUCACAUGUGGUAGAUUACCUAGUCUUGAGUUUGGUUGUGAAGAACCCCAACCUCAAUAGGAUUAAGGCCACAUCUCUGAUGCUGAACACCAAUCCCGAACGCAUGACCCUUGCCCUCUCACCCGUUCGCGACCUCAUGGCAGCCGUCCGUCCAGAAAACCCUUCAGAGUAUGCCUACAACUCACAGCUUGGUGUCCUUCACACAGGAACUGCUCUAGAGCUCAAGGAGAGCAUACUAUGUGUCUUCCGGGGAGUCGACUCUUGCAAACGCUCAAACUUCCUCGUCCUUCUAGCAACAGAGUACAUGUACAGGUGCCUUGACCUUGUUUCCAUGGUAACUGAACUCCUCAGCCAGUUUGACCUCCUCAACGUGCGGCGGUUAGUGAGUCACAUCUUCUUUGUCGGGGAGAACACGCAGAUCGGUAGCUUUGGGGCGAGGUUCGAAAGAGAUCUACGGGUUAGUCUGGACAAGCUGGCUGCAGUGUUUGGAGGAGAGUUUGCUCGGCAGCGGCGAUGGCCGAUACACUGCGUCCAUGCGGAGGUGGAGGAUAGGCCGAACUGUCUCUUUUCCGAUUCCUUCACUACAAUGGACUAUGUCUUCCAAGGACCGGAUUUCUUCUGAAAUUCUCUUUGAUUUUGAAGACCAUUUGUGCCUGCUAUCACAGUGCAGACCCUAUUUUAGAGACAUAACUAUUCAAAUGGAUAAGCUUCCGUGGAAACGCUUGGUACCGUACAGUCAGACCGCAGGUCCCUAUGCUAAUGAGCAAAAAGGCCAGAUUCAUCCAAAUCAUCUCGUGGCUGAAUCAUCCUUCUUGCGAAAUCUCGUGAUUCAUGAGAUUUUCUUUCUCUAAGAAUUUACCUGUUUUAACCUCAAGUUAAAUGAAAUAUUAUUGCACCAUCAGAUAGAGUAAAUGUUACUCUUUCAUAUUGGUCAUUUAUUUUGUAUACAAUAUUUUGUUAAAUAAGUAAAUUUCUGGCCUGAAAAUGUGCCUCAAAAACUGAAUUUUCUUCCUCUGUUUUCUUUUGCAAAAUGUGCAAAACUUUUUAUUUUGAGCCUCAAUGAUAUCUAUAUCACCAUAAAGCUGAACUUCUGUACUUUCUCACAAUGCCAAUCUUGAUAUGCGGCACCUUUUAAUCGGGUCAAGAUCACACUUUUCCCACCAAGGUACAAGACGAGAUUUCUGAAAUUUUGUACUUGCAUGAAAUCCAGAGUUCUGAUUGGCUGGAUAAGGUUCACAGAACAACAGGCGCGGGGUAUUUGAGGAGAUUACCACAUGGGAAGUGUGACCUUCCCAUGAACCCAGGCACUGGAACCGUUGGAAUUUGCCAGUGUGUGGUCUCUUUGACCAAUCAGAGUGCAGUAUUCUUGUUUUCAAGCUGCUUUAUGUACUUGGCCAAUGAAAAGUGUGAUCUUGACCUGAUUAAACCAAUUCUUAUUUUGAAACCUAUACCAUUUUAAAGCAUACAUAUUCACCUUUAUCAUGAUCUAAAAAUCAUUUGGGCUCAAACAAAAAUAAAGUAUGAAAAAAGCAGCUUUUGUCAGGUGAAAAUAAUUAUUUUGUAGCAUAUUUUAGAUCAAAAUUUUAACCUAUAUUACAAAAUCUUUGAAUAAAUUCAAACACAUGACCUGAAAGAAUGAUUUUUCUUCUUUACAAUGAUACCAAAUUCAUGAAAUUUGAUGCACAAUUAGAGCAGCAAUGACCGAAUGAAAAGAGGUGUUUUGGUCCGCAUCAAGCUCAUUAAAUAUGCAAAACAUCUGAAGUCAUGAAUAUCACUUGGAUGAAAGAAGCCACUUUCUUGGGACCUGCCGUCUGACUGCGUAUGGUUAUCUUGGAUUAAAGAGGGGGUCCAGUGGGUCCCUAACCUUCUACUUUUCCUACCCAAUAUCCAGUCCCAGAGGGAAAGCUGAACCACUUGACUUGGAAAUGUCCUUUACAAUGUCAUUGAGAAUGCCGUUGAGAAUGUCUUUGAGAAUGUCCUUUAGAUAGUCCUUAAAGGAGAAUGAAACCCUUGAAACCAGCUGAAUCCAUAUCAAAGAGAAAAAUCAAAGAAACAUAUUGUUGAGGAAGAUUGAAUGAAUAAUAAGAAAGUUAUGAGCAUUUGAAUAUUGAGAUCACUAAUGCCACGUAGAUCCUCCCAUUGGCAAUGCGACCAAGAUAUGUGAUGUCACACACGUGCAACUCCCUCAUUACUUUAGUACUUAUUUCACUUAUAUUCUCAUUUUUAUAGAGUCUAUCACAAGGUGAGGUGUUCUCUUUAUGAGAGGACAAGUACAGAGGUUUCACAACAUUAUAUCAUUGAUGAAUCGUUUGUCAUAUGAUUAGAAUGAGCAAAAAGAGAUGUUUUGGGGUAUAUUUUCAGUGUCCAAAAGGGGAGAGUUGUUCAUCUGUGACAUCAUAGAUCUUGGUCGCAUUGCCAAUAGGAGGAUCUCCAUAGCAUUAGUGAUCUCGACAUUCAAAUGCUCAUAACUCUUCUAUUGCUAGUCCUAUUUUACUCAAACUUUUGUUGAUUUAUUCUUUGAUUUUUCUGCUUUCACAAAAGCUAACUUGCUCCAAGAGUUUCAUUCUCCUUCAAGAAUGUUCAUUGGAUAUUACAAAAGGUAAAAUCAUGGUACAUGCAAGUGAUGGACGUCUGGGCAAUGGGUCUGGCAGGACCUCAGUUGGCAGGCCAGACCCUAGCUGACAUUUUGAUCAAAGAUCAUGGGAUUUGAAAGAGGUCUAGCCAAAAGUGCCCACUGUAUGUCAUAAUGCUUUGAUGUGGUUAUGAUUACAUUUUAGCUACAGUACUGGAUUCCCAUGGCAAUGGAAUGGGUACCCUGCAGGGUUUGUUGGUUUCAGGGUGGCGAAUCACAUCUGGACAGCCCAAAGUCCCUAUGUGAGCCUGACAAGGGAUUCGUAGCAGGUGCAGUCAGACAGCAUUGACUGGUGCAUGCAACAAUGACCGUUCAGUAUUUUUUUUUGUUCUGAUCCCAUUAUUUAUUCAAUCAUUUAUAUUUCUGGCCAAGUGCAUUUUCACCAAAGUUUUCACACAC